AACAGACUUGAAAACAAGCUGUGCGCUCUGAUUGGGUGGCGAGUGUGUGUGUCACCGGCAACACAAGGAUGGUAUAAAACCUUCGGCCAACUGUGCUUCCGCAGAACUGAGAACUGAUAAGACAUGCUUGUACUGUGUUGCCAUAAUUACAGCAGACGUUGCAGCCAGCAUUAGACACCAGUGAUAGCUAAAAUGGAAAUCCAGAGGACUGGCUCCCUGAUGGGGUCAUCUAGCUCCAUGGAGAGUCUGGAAAAACAACUUAGUUGUCCAAUUUGUCUUGACAUGUUCACCAAGCCUGUAGUGAUCCUUCCCUGCCAGCAUAACCUGUGCCGUGGAUGUGCUAGUGACCUUUACGAGUCUCGAAACCCUUACAGAUUUUCAGGCGGAGUGUUCAGGUGUCCAACAUGUCGUUUUGAGGUGGUUCUUGAUCGUCAUGGUGUACAUGGACUUCAAAGGAAUCUUCUAGUAGAGAACAUAAUUGACCUUUACAAACAGCAGCAAGAAGGUGGUGGAACCACAGCAGCACCUGUAAAACCUAAAGUCUCCACUGAACCGCUGUGUGAGGAGCACAAGGAUGAAAGGAUCAACAUCUACUGUGUGACCCACCAGAUUCCCACUUGCUCAAUGUGUAAAGUGUUUGGACAGCACAAGGACUGUGAAGUCUCCCCCCUUGCUAGCGUUUACCAAGCCCAAAAAGGAGAGAUGAGCAAUGCCAUUGAUGCUCUGGUUGCGGGAAAUGGGCGGCUGCAGGCCCUGCUCAACCAGAUGGAGGAAGUUUGCAAAGCUGUUCAGGACAAUGCGCAGCAUGCGAAGCAAAGGCUAGGGGAGAGAUUUGAUGCUCUAUAUGUAGCUCUAGAGGAACGAAAGAACGUCCUCUUGGAUCGUAUUAGCAAAGAGCAGGAUGAGAAGGUGACAGCCUUACGAAAGCUAGCUAGACGUUAUGGAGACCUCCUCCAAGCAGGCACGGAACUCACCGAUACAGCAGUUCAGGCCCUUGAAAAAAGCAGCACUGCAGAGUUCCUGCAGUCCUCCAAGGCUCUCAUUGCGCAGACAAAGGAUGCAGCCAAGAGUUCCCUGGCUGAGGAAAGACCCGGGCCUGGUUUUGAGAGGAUGGACCAUUUUACGCUUUUCACAGACCAUAUUGAGACAUUGCUGUCCAAGAUGGACUUUGGAGCAGACGACAAUGAUGAUUAUGGAGAUGCAGAAGAAGAGGAGGAGGAGGAGGAGUGAGCUGGACAUAUGGUAGUUGGAGAGUUAGUGUCGGUGAAGGAGAAGCAAAGGACAGUGUCAUGUUUCUAAAUGUUUUUAACAAACUUUUUAAAUGGUGCUGCUAAGCCAUUUGAACACUAAAAUCUACAACACCUGAGAGAAAAACGAUUUAGUGCCAUUUUAUACUUUUAUAAUGAUGGUUUAUAUGUUUUGUUUCUAUGUGAAUCACAUGCUGAGAGUAUACUCUGUAUUCAGAAAUGAAUGAAAAACAU